AUGGCGACUGGCCCCACGCCACACGGACUGCGCCGACGACUUGCGCCGUCUCGGCGAAGCCAAGCAGCGUUGAACGACCUCUGGCUCGUCUCGCCCUGCGAUGCCUGCCCCGGCGUGAGCAGCACGGUUUGCAUUCGGUCCUCACCGGGCGCAUCGUACACCAACCUCGCGCUCGGAGCGUACUCGUGCAACAACAGCACGUGCGACCAAUGCAUCGAGCGCUUUAAGAACGACGAAGGCACGACGUGGACCUUCAACACGGCUAUGUGGCCGCCCGGCGCGCCGCUUCGCGUGAACUUCAGCGCCGCCGACAGGAGCACGGGGCCCAACACCAUCAUCUUUUCGGGAACGCCAAGUGCGACAAGCGCAACCCGCGUCCCUGCGUUGGACGUGAGCGGGCUGGCCCGCCUCUCCAACCUGUACGUGCAGUCGCUCGAUGUGACGCCGCUCAUGGCUGAGACCCGUUCGUUUGGCCUGCCACGAAACUUGACGACUCUAUCGCUCACCGACUGCGCAAUGGGCAAUUUCAGGUUGCCAUCAACGCUGUCGACGCUCCAGACACUAACCAUUCGAUCGAGCACGGCCGCCGACCUCAACCUCACUUGGCUCAACGCGUCAGGGUUCCGCUCGUCGCUCCACACUCUCACGGUCGAGAACGUGACGCUUGUCGAUGCGGCGAGUUUGAGCAAGAGCAUCCGACACUUUCAUUUGACGUCGCUCAGCUUUCGACACACCAACUUUGAGCUCACGCCGGUCUCGAUCAAGACGUUCUUGUCGCUCCGCGCGAUUCCAUCUCUCACCCUCGAUAACCUGACGCUGCCCUGCCCAUAUUACGCCCACAAGCUGUGUCUCCACGGCGCCAGCAUCUGCGUCUACCGACCCAAGCCCCAAACCCAAGUCGAUGACAACUUGUCCAACGAAGUCAGCGCGUGGAUUGUCUUGCUCUCGAUGACGUUGACGAUGCUCUACGGCCUUGUCAUGCGCUACCGCAGCAAGCGGGUGCCGACCAAGGCCCUAAAGACGCGGAACGACGUGGCGAUCGAGAGCCUCCUCGACACUUCGUCGCAGCAGCAGCAUUUGUCCGAUCGGCACGUCCGGCCGCCGCCAUCGCGCCUUUACUCGGGCGAGAGUACCAUCGAGAGCAUUCUUCAGCAGGCGCCGUCGCUACACCUUCUCGACGCCAGCGACAUCUUGGAAACGUCGACUCUGUACCACCAAGGCCCUCACAUCCACGUGGCCCAAGGCGUGUACGUACCAGACGGCUGCCGCAUCCAGCUCAAGCAAAUCGCUGGCUACGAGUCGUACCUCUUGAGCAUGGCGCGGACGAUCGUCGACCUCGCCAAGCUGCAGCACCCGCACGUCGCGCCGCUGCGGGGCGUCGUCGUCUCGUCGCCGUCGUCGCUCGCAGUUGUGAUCAACGACUGUUCCGACAACGGACCCCUCCUCUACGAGCGGUCUUCGUCACUCUCUGAAAAAGCCACGAUGGCACGCGACCUUGCGCGCGCCCUCGCGUACCUCCAUAGCGCCCAUAUCGUCCACGGCCACCUCACCGCCGACACGGUGCUCGUGGAUGCCGGCGGCGACGUCUACCUCAACCCGCUGGAUGUGCUCGCGAGCCAUGUGUAUGCGACGCACUCGACCGACGCGCUGUACGUGGCGCCCGAGGUGCUGCUCGAGUCCAAGGCGACGCCGUCCAGUGACGACGACGAAGGGACCGCGCGCCGCGUGCGCUUUGCCUCGCCGGCCGCCGACGUCUACGCCUUUGGCGUGCUCUUGGCGGAGAUCGACGUGGGCGUGAGCGCCAAGACGUACCUCACGCGCAAGUGUCUCUCGUUCCAGGACAAGAAGAUGCCGGUCGCCCAGCUCGUCGGCCUCCGGCACGCGCUCACGUUUUUCCGCGGGCAAUUCCAGCACGUGGUUGCCCUCUGCCUCCACGAAGACCCGUCGAGCCGACCGACCAUGGCGGACGUGGUCGAGAUCCUCGUGGGCCCGAGCAUGACGAUGCUGGAAGAGUCGCCCUCGCCACCGCUGCUGUCGGCGUCAUGA